CAGCGGUUCGCGGCAUGAGUGGGUCUAGUCGUUAAUGGUAUGGUUUUGUGGUCCACCAGUCUCAUAAAGAGCUAGUUUAGCUUCCGUGCGGUUCGCUGAAAAAUUAAAUUGCUGUUUCUCUGUGUGUUAGUAUGCAGAACAUUCUGGUGGUGCUCUUGAUAUGUAUUUCCGUCAUAUUGCCGGUGCUAUCCUGGAACCCAUACGACAUACUAAUGGUUGAUAGGCAAGCAGAUGUUCCAGCCAUUAAAAAGUCUUACAAGCGCCUGGUAAAACAAUGGCAUCCUGACAAAAAUACUUCUCCUGAUGCGGAGGAAAGAUUUGUUGAAAUAAACAAAGCAUAUGAGAUCGUGUCGGACCCGGUCCGCCGGCGCAGGUUCGACAGGACCGGCCAGGUGGAGGACACGCCCAACUUCCGACAGUCCGGCCGGCCCUUCGGUCGGGAUGACGUCGCCAGCUUCGCGUCCAGCCAGUUCCACUUCUCCUUCCGGAGACACGGCACCAUGCUGUUUCACAAGCAGUCCAUCAGUCUCAGGCAGUACGAGAACAAGGUGCUGCCAUCAAGCCGCACAUCGCCCACGCUGCUGCUGGCCUUCUCCGAGUGGUGCUUCAGCUGCGUCCAGAUGGAGCCCGUCUGGGCCUCUCUCACUGAGGAGCUGCAGACGGUCGGCAUCGGCAUUGCUACGGUGCACGCCGAGCACGAGCGUGAGCUGGCGCGCCGGCUGGCCGUGGACACGCUGCCGCGUCUUUACCUGGUGCUGGACGGCCGGGCCGUGCGGUACGCGGCCGACACCUUCAGUCUGGCGGGCGUCAUCGACUUCAUCAAGGCGAAGAUGUCACCAGGCCUGCUGCCGACGCUGACGCCGGCGAGCAUGCCGGCCUUCCUGGCCGGCUGGGCCGACAACAGGGUGCGCUUGGUCAUCUACAGCCAGAGUGAUGCGCCCCGGCUCCGCUACGUGGCGCUGGCGUACAAGUUCCGGGCAUCAGCGGCGUCCGGGUUCGUGUGCACGUCAGUGGCCGAGUCGGCGCCGCUUCUAGCCGCGUACGCCGUGCCGGCGCGCGCAGAGACAUUGCACGUCCUGAAGGAGUCGCGGGAGGCGCCGGCCGCCAGCCUUAGCAUGCAGCUGCUGCCUUUCACGACCAUGUCAGACGUGGUGGAGAAGAACAAGUUUCUGCUGCUGCCACGCCUCUCCUCCCAGCUGAUGCUGGACACGCUGUGUCCGACGGAGGCGGCGCGCUCGCGGCGCCACCUGUGCGUGGUGCUGGUGGCGCGCAGCACCGAGCCGCAGACGGAGCGCCAGGCGGCCCUGCGCCGGCACAUCGCUCGCUCCCGAGUCACGCGCGACCGGCUCCAGUACGCCUACAUCUACAUGGACAAGCAGGCGCGCUUUAUGGACGCGCUCCGUCAAGGCUCGUCGCUGGAGGACGCCGCCGGGCACGUGGUGAUCCUGUGGCGGCAGGACCACCGGCACGUCAGGUUUGACUGGUCGGAGCACCGCUGGGAGACGCAGCCCGACCGGCUCAAUCAGUCGGCCCGCCAGCUGGAGCACAAGCUGCACGCGCUGCUGGUCGAGAACAGGGUGCUGGCGCACGCUGCCACCGUACAGGACCUGAUAGACGAGCACGCGCACACCCUGCUGCGGCGCAUACUGAACCGGCUGUACCAUCUCUGGGAGUACAUCGGCGAUCGGCUCAGUCGCGAGGAAGUGCUGCCGGCCGUCUCCGUGCUCGUCACCAUCGUCUUCCUCAUCGCCGGCGGCUACCUGAUGGCCUACCUGGUGAGGAUGGAGGAGGAGACGAUCCGGAGCCGGUUCCAGGCGGAGGGCCGGCCGCCACCCGCCCGGCCGGCCGCCAGCGCUCAGCUACGCGUGCACGAGAUGCGCGUGGAGACGUACAACGGCCUGGUGCGCCUGCUGAAGCCGGGCUGCCGCACCGUCGUGCUGCUCGUCGACGCGGGCAGCAAGCCCAACCUGCUGUCGCGCUUCCACCGCAUCGUGUGGCCCUACAGGAAGAACAAGUCGCUGAUGUUCGCGUUUGUCAUGCUGGAGCGCGGCCUCGAGUGGUACCGGCGCCUGCUGAUCCCCAGCCUGCCGCCGAACCAGCAGCUCAAGAUCAACCCCAAAAACUGCAUCGGCACUGUGCUCAGCAUCAACGGAUACCGCAAGUACUUCUGCAUGUACCACGCCAAGCACGCAGAGGCGGGCGGUAAGGCGGGAGUUCGCCGCCGGCGGGCGGCCGCCAAAGGUGGCGCCAGCGGCGGCGGAGAGUUCAUGGGCUUCGACAGUAAUGAUAGCAGCAGCUCAGAUGUGGAGGCGGGAGAGAAGAGAGAACGGCGGACGCGGGUGACUGACGAGGUGCUGUUCGAGGAGCACCUGCUGGACGGCCUGCCCGACUGGCUGGAUCGCCUGUUCGAGGGCCAGACGGUACGAUAUCAUGUCAAGUACUGGCCCGACUUCAGCGGCAAGUAGGCACCGCCGGCCCACCCUGGCCGCCCGCCGGGCUGCCCCGACCACCCGCCGGGCUGCCCUGACCACCCGCCGGGCCACCCUGGCCAGCCGCUGGCCACCCUGGCCGCCCGCCGGGCUGCCGGCACCCCAGGUCCGACCCAGGCGAUCGGAGCUGUGCGCUGAGCUGAGCUGAGCUGAACUGAGCCGA